AUGGCCACCAAUGAGAAGUUGAUGAGAAACACCCGGGGAGUCGCAAACUUCUGCAGCCAUUCCGGUCGCCAACUACCGAUCCCACAGCUCAGCCCUUCCCUAUCGUCGCAAUCGUCGAUCUUCGCACUCAUAUCACUCUUUUUCAUCAAUUUUACAACAAGGAACAACAUUGGUGAAACUGUGAUCGUAUGGAGUACUCGCUCGGACCCCAAUGAAUCAGUAGUCAAAUUUGGCUUUAAUUGCAGUCAUAUCUACAGGACAGCCACCGGAGAGAGAAAACUAUUAGACCAUGAUGGAGUCGUUCAAUACAUCCAUGUUGUGACUCUUAAGCAUCUGGAUCCUCAAACAAAAUACUGCUAUUAUGUGGGUUCUCACAAUUUUCCAAGGGAUCAGUACUGGUCACCGAGUGUGGCACUGGUCGGGGAUAUGGGUGUGGAAAAUGGACGCGCUAUUAAAAGUUUGAUUGACAACUCAGCCAAAGGAAAAUUUGAUGUCAUUAUUCAUAUUGGUGACAUCGCGUAUAAUUUAUAUGCUUAUAAUGGCAUAAUUGGAGACUCAUUUAUGAAUGCUAUCCAACCGUUUGCUGCUACCGUUCCCUAUAUGGUUAUCCCAGGGAAUCAUGAAUACCAAUGUUACGAUGACCGGUGUCCUGGUGAUUUCGGGACGAGUUAUGAGACCAGGUUCAAAAUGCCCAAAACCAAUGAUAACAUGUAUUACACGUUCACUUUGGGUCCGGCGCUCUUCAUCGGCAUUAAUACCGAAGUUUACUUCGAGGAAGAAAUGAGUGAUUUAGAGGUGUCUCAGAAACAGAUCAAAUGGUUGAGACAGACGUUGCGUGAGGCCAAUAAGCCUGAGAACAGGGCCAGACAUCCCUGGAUUAUUCUCUAUGGACACCGACCCCUCUAUUGCACAGCAAGUGCUGAAUGUAGUGAUGGUCUUGCACUUGAUGUGAAGGGGAACGGCACCAUCGAUGGCAGUCUUUUCGAUAUCGAUGAUAUACUUUAUGAUUACGGAGUGGACUUAGCCUUCUGGGGUCACCAACACUAUUAUGAACGCAUGUUUCCCGUCUAUAAUCAAACGGCUUAUGUGAAUUCAAUGUACGAAAAUGCUUUUGUCAAUCCGAGAGCAACCGUUCAUAUAGUAUCGGGAACUGGAGGAAUGCAUUCGGGAACUGAAGAAUUCAGUAAAACACCCGCCCUUUGGACAGCUUCUCGGUCUUCAGCCUAUGGUUACACCCGAUUCACGGUUUUAAAUGACACUCACCUAUACUUAGAGCAGAUCGAUGUCGACAGGAAAGAUUUGGUGAUUGACUCCAUUUGGAUGGUUCAGUCAAACCACAUGCCAUUCCCCAUGAAAAACAAGGAACUCAAGUUAAAGUGA